GCGCGUUCUCGAGGGAGCUUCCAGGUUGGAUCUCUUGGGCUGCAGUGUUGUGUCAAAAAGAGAAAGGAACAUUGAGAAUUGCCGGCCUCCUGCAGCAAUCAAGCGGUCGACGUUGGUCGUGCAGGUGUUUCGCGGGUUGUUUGUGAGCACGGAAGUUCGUACAGCUCCAGACGGACCGCUUCUUUUCACAGUUCUUGCUUCGGACUCAAUUUUUGACGUCGUCCGUCUUCUACGAGUUGCAGGGGUAGACUUUCCCCGGCAAACUCUCCGCCUCGCAGAACAGGCGUGACCCGUGACCGACUGUUUCGCGGCUCCUUGCUUCCCCUCUCCUCGCGGGGUUUCUUGCCACCAUUCUUUCUUCGUAAACCCACUGUCUACGGUAGCGACCAGAGCGUCGGUGUUUUUCUUCCACGAAUCCUUUGGCAAGUACCGUGUUUCGCUUGGCGCUUCCUGGCGCACCCAACCGCACUGCUUUCCUUGCUUUACCCCUUCGCAUCUGGACACAUUGAGCCGCUGCUCCCUUCGCCUCUGCGUUCGGCGCGCCGUUUUUUCUCCGAGCUCCGCCAUGGCUGCCCUCGAGCGGCCGUCCGCCCUUCCGCGGCGCACCCAGUCGUCUCCAUUUCCGCGUAAAGGACUUGCUGCGUUUUCGCUUUUCGUUCUCUCCAGCGCGGCUCUCUUCGGCGCGUCUGCGUUCGCCCAGGCGUCUCGGCCCUUCCGGUCUGCAAGCGCCGCCGAUGGGCGGACUCCACCCACAGGCCCCUCGAGCGCGGCACCGUCUGCUGGAGGCAAACGCGCAGCCGGCGAAGCUGGCGCUGGAGAGGAAAACGAGCGACCUGAGAACGCAAUCGAGGCAGCACAUCUCGGAAAGCCACUCGCCGGGUCCGCGGUAGCGGCACAGUCUCUGGAGCAGCAGGAUUUGCAGAGAGAAACUGAGAACUACGGAGGGAACGUAAACCGCGAGCUCAGCAAGCCUGCCGCUGCCGCACACGCAGCGCCUCCACCCGUUGCCGUGAUGACUCAGCUUGAACGACGAACCGCAAUGGAACCAGGCGUCACAGAGAGAGAGCAGCGGCUCGAAAGGCCUCUGCCAAAGGCCGCGCGCACAGCGACGCGUAGACAGCUGCCGCGAAGUUCACCAGGCGCCUCUACGGAGUUCCUGCACCGUACUGCGAAGUUCACUCGGUCGGCUCGGGCGCGAGCUGAGUUGAGGAAUGUGUGCGUGUCUGCCAUCGUGGCCGCCGGAAUCCUCGUCGCGAUACUGAUCCUGAACGAAGUGAGUCCGGUGUCCGCGUCGGCCGAGGUCGAAGCUUCUGAGGAAAAGGAAAUCGAAGUCGAGGAGCUGCAGCCGGAGGAGCACAUCGAACCGGAGACCCCAAAGACCCCUGAGGCUCCGGCCCCCCAGACUUCUGAGACGAGGCCGGGUGAAGCGACGCCGGAGGUUGCAGCCUCGGGGAUUCGCGGGCGCCUGGCCGAGGCUCUGAUCAGCGCGAAGAUGGCUCUUAAACACCCGAAAAUGGUCGCUGUGACUCAGCCGGUACUCGUGCUGUCCCGAGCGAUCUACACAGUGAUCCGAGUUUUGUUUGAGGUGCUUGAGACCGUGGCAUCGAACGAACAUUUGCAGACCCUCGGGAGUUCUCUCCUGGACUUCAUGCCUCUCAUGGUGGCGGCUGUUCAGCGCCUCGCCUCCGCUGCCGUCGUCCGCGCUGGCUCUGCAGCCUACCAAAGCGCGCCCGGGUACUACGCGAAGGUGAAGGAUGCGAUCCAGAAAAAACCCAUACCCAAAGCUCGCAAGCGAGCAGCUGCCACUCGCGACAGGUUCUUCCCAUAGGAGGUCUCUGAGGAUGGCACCGACACUGGCCCGUUGAUGUGAGUGUUCGGUACUCCAGCUCGCACCCAUGCGGCUCGCGUUUCUGGCCCAACACAAGUCUGCCACAGUUCGAAACGCGCGAGAAGCCUUCGAGGUCACUCGACCGAGGACGGAUGCUCGACUUGUGAGACGAAACGUCGCGGGCGGUCGAGAGGAAGAAACGCUUCUUGGGCAGAAACGCCGUCAGGGGAAACACGGCCUGAACGGUUUUGCGGCAGCCUGUGGGGGCAGGCCCUGUGGAAGACGCGAAACGCAAGGUGCAAGUUUCAACCCCCGAAGCUUCUCUCGAGCAGACUCUGUCGCGGUCGCUUGAACGAGAAGAGACGGAACGGCUCUUGAGACAGAAAGAGAAAAAGAAGCACACUCGCUGGCCAGUCCUGUCGUCGUGGACGGGAUGGAGGCGAGCUCCUUCUUUCGCCACACAGUGUCGUCUCUCUCACGC